AUGGCAGGCGCAAUUGUGAGCCAGACAUGGAUUCUCACAAAGAAGACGCUGCUCGUUGUCUUUGUACGCCACUGGUUCUUCACGAGCGUUCGCGCUUUCUGGGCUCCCAUAAUAUUUAUGUUCUUCAUUACCUACGCCAAAAACUUCUUCGUCCCCCCCUCCGAUUAUGGCAUCGGCGCCCCAUCCCUCAUUCGUUCAUUCCCCAACGCGCUCAGUGUUGCCGAAGGCGGCCGCGACAAAGUCGUCUUUGUCAACAACGGAUACACUGGUAGCGACAUCGAACAGGUCAUUGGACAACUAUCGACUCAGGUCCGUGAUGCAGGCCUGCAGGCUAUCACGAUUGAACGGGACGUGGAGCUGCUUUCCACAUGUGAGAGCUCGUUGCGUGGUGCCAGCACAUGUUUUGGUGCAGUGUCCUUCCAUUCCAGUCCGAGCCAAGGUCAAGGACAGAGCUGGAACUACACCAUCAGAUCGGACGGAGCACUGGGAGAGGAGAUCUACGUGAAUCAGGAUGACAACGAUGUCCAGAUCUACAUCCUGCCUUUCCAACGGGCCAUCGACCAAGCCAUCGCUUCCGUUGACGGCUCUGCUACCGUUCCCGACAUCGAUGAGUACCCAUACACGGAGCGUACGCAAGAGGAAUACGAUGAUCGGAUCAGGACUUUGUACAUGGGUGCACUCAUCAACAUCAUGGGUGUGGCUCUAUACAUUGGUGUAUGUGGCGUGACCUACCAACUUACGGGGCAAAUGGCAGAGGAAAGAGAACGUGGCAUAUCGCAGCUAGUAGAAGCAAUGUCUCCAGCCAAGAAGCCAUGGCACACGCAGUUUGCCCGUCUCCUGUCCAUGCACAUUGCGUUUGACAUUAUUUACUUUCCAGGCUGGGUCAUCAUGGGAGCUAUCGUCUGGGCAUUGGCUUUCCAAACGUCCAAUGCUGCCAUACUGGUCAUCUUCCACAUUCUUGCUGGCCUGUCCUUGACUAGCUUUUCCAUCUUCGGGGCCGCCUUCUUCCGCAAAGCCCAACUAUCUGGUAUCACUAUUGUCAUCGUUCCCAUCCUGUUGGCCAUCAUCGCGCAAGUCGCUGGACCCUUCAGCACAGGUGCUGUAUAUGUUCUGAGCUUGCUCUUUCCAUCUAUCAACUACGUUUUUUUCAUCAUCUGCGUCGCCCGUUUUGAGAGACAGCUUAUUGGCAUGAACCUCGUCGGAGCUGCGCCCGACUACCAGGAUCACAUUUGGACCACUCCCGGCAUCGUCUUUUGGGUGUUCGCUAUUAUUCAAACUAUCGUAUACCCUGUUCUAGGGGCUCUCGUCGAGCGCUGGUUGUAUGGUACGGUGUCAGCGGACAGGAAGACUACGACUUCUUCGCCGGAUCACAACAUUAUCUUGACAAACUUCUCGAAGCAUUGGACCCCGAGCUGGUUCCGCAGAAAUGUUCUUACCAAGUUUGGCGUAAAGCCACCGGAAACAGUCAUCGCCGUGGAUGAUUUCAGCAUGAAAGCGCGCAAAGGUCAAAUCAUGGUUCUACUGGGCGCCAACGGUAGCGGAAAGUCCACCACCCUAGAUGCCAUCGCUGGGCUCAAUUCGAUCACUAGUGGAGCGAUUGAGAUUGAUGGCACCGGAGGUCUUGGACUGUGUCCGCAGAAGAACGUCAUGUGGGAUGAACUGAACGUCUAUGAGCAUGUUCGCAUCUUCAAUCAGCUCAAGUCGACCGGAACCUACGAUACCAAGGACACCAUCGAGAAUCUUAUCCGCGCUUGCGAUUUGGGACAUAAGAUCAAGGCGCAAUCAUGCACACUUUCUGGCGGUCAAAAGCGCAAACUUCAGCUUGCCAUGAUGUUUACUGGAGGUUCAAAAGUCUGCUGUGUUGAUGAAGUGUCAUCUGGCUUGGACCCACUCUCGCGAAGGAAGAUCUGGGAGAUUCUACUUGCCGAGCGUGGUGAUCGCACCUUCCUGCUUACUACGCAUUUCCUCGAUGAGGCAGAUGUUCUCGCUGACUACGUUGCCAUUCUCUCUCGCGGCGUACUCAAGACUAAGGGUACUUCGGUCCAGCUUAAGCAUGAAGUCGGCGCCGGAUACCACGUCACGUAUCCCAAGGACGCUCCAGUCAAACCCCCGGUAAAUGCUGUGAAAAAGCCUGCGCCCUCCGAGGGUAUGAUUCAGUAUCAGUUCGAGGACGCGCUGCCCGCCACCAAAUUCGUCGACAUACUGAGAGAUCACGGGGUCAAGGACUACGACAUUGUUGGCCCAACACUAGAAGACGUAUUCCUUGCCAAUGCUGAGGAGGUAAAGGAAUAUAAUCUCAUGGACGCUGAUCACGGUGAACAGACUGGCAUGACAGCGUCGGACAAGGAGCUAGACGUACCUUCAGACCAUAACUCUGAUGCCGACAAGAGACUAGAGAUGGGUAAAGGUCGUGGUACUGGUCUGUUCAAGCAGAUGCUUAUCCUCGUACAAAAGCGAGUGACCAUCGUAAAACGCAACUUCUGGCCAUACGUCUUUGCCCUGCUUCUUCCAAUCGUCGCCGCUGGUUUGGUUACGCUCUUCUUGAAGGAUUACGAAGCUGUGGGCUGCGAUCCUGGAGCCAGCGCCAACGACCCGACGAUCUUCUCACUUUCCAACGUGGACGAUAUCCCACUCAUCCCUAUUGGUCCGAGGAGUACUGUUGGUCCUGCUAUUGAUACAAUCAUCCAACGGACAGGCAUUCCCGAGGACAGCUUCUACCUCGUGGAUACACUCGAUCAGUUCAAUGAUUUCGUCAACACACAAUUUCGCAACAUUACACCGGGUGGCUUCUUUUUGAAAGAGAACGGUCCGCCUGUCAUGGCUUACCUUGCGAACGGUGGUGUCAUCGGUGGCCUCAUCACAUUGAAUACUCUCGACAACAUCCUAACGAAUAGUACCAUCUCCACGCAGUAUCAGCAAUUCGCUGUGCCCUUCGCUCCUAAUAUGGGCGACACUCUACAGCUGACUCUGUAUUUUGGUCUGGCCAUGUGCGUCUACCCUGCGUUGUUCGCUCUGUAUCCCACCCAAGAGCGACUGAGGAACGUGCGAGCGCUGCACUACAGUAACGGUAUCCGGGCUGUGCCACUAUGGCUGGCGUACACUGCGUUCGACUUCUUGUUCGUACUUGUGAUCUCUGCUGUCACUACGGGGAUCUUUGCAGCCGCUUCCGAUGCAUGGUAUGCACCAGGCUACCUCUUCGUGGUGUUCUUCCUCUAUGGCCUUUGUGCAACCCUCUUCGCGUAUCUGAUCUCUAUUGUCGUCACAUCGCAACUCGCAGCCUUCGCCUUCGCCGCCGGAGGUAUGGUGUCGCUCUACCUUAUUUAUUUUAUCGGUUACAUGUGCAUUUUGACUUAUGCGCCUGCAUACGCCAUCGAUUCUUACAUCGAAUACUUCCACUGGACUGUCUCGCUGAUCUCGCCAUCAGCAAGCUUGCUUAGGACACAGCUGCUAUCUCUAAACUCCUUUAGCAUAUUGUGUGAUGGAAACCAGAUUCCAAGCUAUCCCGGUGCUUUGACUGUGUACGGAGGGCCCAUCUUGUACCUCGUUGUGCAGAUCAUUCUGCUUUUCAUUGCCCUCGUGUGGUGGGACUCAGGAUAUCGACCAGCGUUCCUUAACCGCGAAAAGAGCCGUCAGCAGCACUCGGAGGAGAGGGUGGAUACUGUUCCUCCUGCUGUCGCUGCUGAGAUCACGCGCGCUGAGCAGAGCACAGAUAGCCUUCGUGCACUGCAUCUGCAGAAGACGUUCGGGUCUAACCAUGCUGUCAACGACAUCACUUUUGGCAUCCCGCAAGGUCAGGUUUUCGCCCUCCUUGGUCCCAAUGGCGCUGGAAAAUCUUCGACCAUCUCACUCAUUCGUGGCGACAUACAUCCCACAACGCAUAUCAACGGUGGUGGUGAUGUUUUGAUCGAAAAUAUAUCCAUCAUCAGCAAGCGCGCAGCUGCACGAGGUCAUCUUGGUGUAUGUCCGCAAUUUGAUGCCAUGGAUUCCAUGACGGUGACCGAGCAUCUCUACUUCUACGCUCGCGCUCGCGGCGUCCCCAACCCAAAGGCAAGUGUCGAUGCAAUUCUCCAAGCUACCAGUCUGGGGCGCUUCAACGACCGUCUCGCGUCCAAACUUUCCGGUGGCAAUAAGAGGAAGCUCAGCUUGGGCAUUGCUUUGAUGGGUAACCCAUCGGUUCUACUAUUGGAUGAGCCAUCCUCUGGUAUGGAUGCAGCUGCAAAGAGAGUCAUGUGGCGCACACUACUCGGUGUAGCCGCACCUGGGCGUGCCUUGUUGAUUACUACUCACUCCAUGGAAGAAGCAGACAAACUCGCCACCCGCGUCGGUAUCAUGAAGCGCAAGAUGCUUGCCCUAGGCACCGUCAGUGCUUUAGGAGAGCAGUAUGGCGAUGCUUGGGUCGUACAGCUGGUUCUCAAAUCUGCACCUGAAACCACAGAAGAAGAGAUGGAAGCUGUCAAGCAAUGGGUUCAGAAGAAGAUUCCUGGUGUUCAACUUGACAAAUGGGGUUCCCGAGGUGGAGGCCAUGGACAACUACGGUUCAAAGUACUCAAGGCCGCAUCUCCCGAUUCUACUGCAUCGCCCGCGCAUCUCGACAAUGCGCAAGAUGGCAAGAUCACCGAAGCAGAGGUCCAUCAAGUCAAUACGAUAUCUUCAGCUGCUUCAGCAUCUGAUCUGGGCGGCAUCCCUGGUCUCAUUCAGUUGCUGGAGACCAAUCGCCAUGAGUUAGGUUUGGAGUACUACUCUGUUUCGCCCACCACCUUGGACGAAGUCUUCCUUCGCGUUGUUGGCGAAGAAGAUGAAGAGACGAGCGGAAAGAAACCAGAGGGUACGAAGAGGAAUCAGUGGGGCCGUUUCAUAUGCUGUGGCAUGUGGCCUGCUUAG